GAGUAAACGAUCCGCGAGUCGAUUUUGGAACGGCCGGGAUAAUCACCUGGCUACUACGCGGAUUGGCUUCGUCUUGUGCUACGGCAAAACGAAAGCAUAGCAGGCUCGAUUCUGGAAAUAGCAGACGAUCUGUUUUGAUCAUGGAGGAAGCAUUCGAAGAGACGAUGAUAUUAACCGCUGCGAAGUUUUUCUUUGAUAGUGACGACGCGGCGGAGGAGUGGGAAAUCCUAGAGAGUUUUACAACGAAGAAGAGGCGCAAAGUGGCCAAGAUUUUAGGGUAUGCGGAAACUGUUGUCCCCCGCCAGUCUCCCGAGGACUUCAAAAGUCAUUUUCGGCUCCGAAGGACUUCUGUUGAGCGCCUAGUGACGUUGCUCGCCCCUCAGCUGCAAGUUCCUCGCGGACGGCCGGCCAUAGACGUUACCAAGCAGACUCUGAUAUUCGUGUGGAGUCUUGCCAACCUGGAGUGCUUCAGGUCUGUUGGAGACCGCUUUGGACUCUCCAAGUCUACGGUGUGCAGGGUAGUGCACCGAGUUGGUCUAGCUGUUUUGACCCAGAGCCCAAACUUCGUGUCGUGGCCGUCGGAGAAAAAGGCACUGCAUAUUAUAUCCGGCUUCGAGGCGAAAGCUGGCUUCCCUGGAGUCCUAGGAGCAAUCGACGGAAGUCAUAUCGUUUGCAAGGGGCUUCAGGGCAAGGAUGCCCAGUCGUACAUCAACCGACAUGGAUUGCCAUCGGUGCUCCUUCAAGCUAUCUGCGACCACGAGGCCAAGUUCCUUCACUGCAGCGCAGGAGAUCCCGGGUCCGUGCACGACGCACGCAUGUACAGGCGGUCCGAGCUACCGACGAUCUUGACUGCGGACAAGUUCCCCUUCGACAGCCACCUGCUCGGAGAUGGCGCGUACCCGCUGCGACAAAGCCUCCUUGUCCCCUACAGGAACAACGGCCGGCUAACUGAGCAGCACAGAAACUACAACACAAAACACGCAACAACGCGAGUGGCUAUAGAGCGGGCCUUUGGGAUUCUCAAGGGGCGGUUCCGACGUCUCAAGUACAUUGAAGCCCGCCGCCCAGAACGCAUCGUCACGACGAUUGUGGCAGCCUGCGUCAUGCACAACGCGUGCAUGGAGUGGCGCGACAUCUACGACGGUCCCCUACACACCGAGGACGAUGGACUUGCAGGUGACGGUACGGACAGCGACUCCAGCGAGUCCGGUGGGUCCUCCUCGGACGAAGACGACGCACCCACGGCGAGUCGCGACAAGGCCAGGGGCAAGGCAAAGCGAGAUUUUAUCAUGCACAGCCUGUGAAGCCCCGAUAUAUAUGUACAUAGUUCAUGUUUAUUAACAAGAAUAGAAGACCAACCUAUUUUUUUUAUUCUUUAUGUAUUCA